AUGGCGGGGCCGUUGCUUCGCUCUCUCUGGUCCUCCUCCACGCGCAACACUCUCUCUUCCUCUCCGUCGAAACCCUACCUCCUCCGUCCCUCCGCCAUCGCCCGCGCCUUCUCGGCGGCCACCGCGGCCUCCGAUGCAACUCUUCAGAGCAGCUUGCUGGACCCGGCCCGCCUCCGCAACGUGGCGGUCAUCGCUCACGUUGACCACGGCAAGACCACGCUGAUGGACCGCCUCCUCCGCCAGUGCGGCGCCGACAUCCCCCACGAACGCGCCAUGGAUUCCAUCAGCCUCGAGCGCGAGCGCGGCAUCACUAUCGCCUCCAAGGUAACUAGAUUUGUUACUUCGAUUUUCUGGAAGGAGAAUGAGUUAAACAUGGUUGAUACGCCUGGACAUGCCGACUUUGGUGGAGAAGUUGAGCGGGUCGUUGGUAUGGUGGAAGGUGCAGUUUUAGUUGUUGAUGCCGGGGAAGGUCCGCUUGCACAGACUAAGUUUGUACUUGCCAAAGCCUUGAAAUACGGGCUGCGUCCUAUUCUUCUUCUGAACAAAGUAGAUCGGCCUGCAGUUACUGAGGAGAUGUGCGAUGAAGUUGAGAGUCUGGUAUUUGAUCUUUUUGCAAAUCUUGGUGCUACAGAGGAACAGCUAGAUUUUCCUGUGCUAUAUGCUUCUGCUAAAGAAGGAUGGGCUUCAUCUACUUUCACUAAAGAACCUCCUGCUGAUUCAAGAAACAUGUCACAGCUACUUGAUGCUAUUAUCAGACAUGUUCCCCCACCAAAUGCAAACAUCGAGGCACCUUUCCAAAUGCUGGUUUCCAUGAUGGAAAAGGACUUCUACCUUGGGCGAAUACUGACUGGACGGGUUUCUUCUGGCUGCGUUCGCGUUGGUGACAGAGUUCAUGGUCUUCGUAACAAAGAUUCUGGGGUUGAGAAAAUUGAAGAAGGGAAGGUUGUGAAACUGAUGAAAAAGAAGGGAACAAAUAUGGUUCUCAUUGACAGUGCUGGAGCUGGUGACAUAAUAUCAAUGGCUGGGUUAGCGAGUCCAUCUAUUGGCCAUACAGUCACUAGCGUUGAGGUAAUGACUGCAUUACCAACUGUGGAGUUGGAUCCUCCAACUAUUUCCAUGACUUUUGGUGUCAAUGACUCUCCAUUAGCUGGUCGUGAUGGUACCCAUCUGACCGGAGGAAAGAUUGGAGAUAGGCUAUCAGCUGAAGCAGAAACAAAUCUUGCCAUUAAUGUCCUCCCAGGCUUAUCAGAGUCAUUCGAAGUUCAGGGGAGGGGAGAACUUCAACUUGGUAUCUUAAUUGAGAAUAUGAGGCGUGAAGGAUUCGAGCUCUCUGUGUCACCACCCAAAGUGAUGUAUAAAACAGAGAAUGGUCAAAGGCUCGAGCCAAUUGAAGAAGUUACUAUAGAGGUAAAUGAAGAUCAUGUGGGGUUAGUUAUGGAAGCCUUAUCUCAUAGGCGAGCUGAGGUUCUUGACAUGGGUCCUGUUCCAGGAAAUGAUGGCAGGACUAGAUUGUCUUUGACAUGUCCAUCCAGGGGACUAGUUGGUUACAGAAGUGUAUUUAGCAGUGCCACACGUGGAACUGGGUUUAUGCAUCGUGCUUUCUUAACGUAUGAGAAAUUUCGAGGUCCUCUUGGAAAUGUGCGGAAAGGGGUUUUGGUGUCGAUGGGCUAUGGUACAAUCACAUCCUAUGCAUUAAUGAGUUUAGAACCUCGUGGAACUCUAUUUGUGACACCUGGGAUGGAGACAUAUGAUGGCAUGAUCGUUGGUGAACAUUCGAGGGAGACAGAUCUAGAUGUCAACCCAGUAAGGAAUAAGGAACUUACAAAUAUUCGUUCUGCUGGCAAGGAUGAGAAUGUGAAACUAUCUCCUCCCCGCCUUAUGACUCUUGAAGAAGCCAUCGGGUAUGUGGCCUCAGAUGAGCUCAUCGAGGUUACACCAAAGUUCAUCCGGUUAAGGAAGAAAUAUCUGGAUGUCAACAAGCGUAAAGCCAUGAGCAAAAGGCAAAAGGAGUGAAUCCAGCCUUUCAAGCAGUUUUGGAAUGUUACUAGGCAAUAUUUGAAUGUAUAAGAACAGGUAAUCAUAAUACCCACUCAAUUUUUCCUACUCAAUUUUGGUUGAUGUUUCACUAAGAUAUAGUCUUUUUACAAA